GAGUGGGGCCGAGUGGGGACGUUGGCUUGGGCUGCGACGGAGGCGGCGGCGAGGGCGAGGACGACGGCUGAGAGCGUUUGGCCGAGCUCCUGGGUAUUCAAGAUGAAUCUUGAAAAACUCAACAAAGCUGAAUUACUGACACUUUUUAGUAUCCUUGAAGGUGAAUUAGAAGCCAGAGAUCUUGUCAUAGAAGCUUUAAAGGCCCAACAUAGAGAUACCUUUAUUGAAGAACGUUAUGGAAAAUACAACAUUAGUGAUCCAUUGAUGGCUCUUCAGAGAGAUUUUGAAGCACUGAAGGAAGAAAAUUAUGGUGAAAAGCAACCUGUUUGUGCCAAUCCUUUAUCCAUCCUGAAGGUAGUAAUGAAACAUUGCAAGAAUAUGCAGGAAAAAAUGUUGUCUCAACUGGCUGCUGCAGAGAGUAGACACAGAAAGGUAAUCUUGGAUCUUGAAGAAGAAAGGCAGCGACACGCCCAAGAUACUGCUGAAGGCGAUGAUGUCACUUAUAUGCUGGAAAAAGAACGAGAACGGCUGACACAACAGUUGGAAUUUGAAAAAUCUCAGGUGAAGAAGUUUGAGAGAGAACAAAAAAAGUUGGCUAGCCAGCUGGAGGAAGAGCGUGCACACCACAAGCAACUUUCUUCUAUGCUUGUGUUGGAAUGUAAGAAAGCCACAACUAAAGCUACAGAGGAAGGGCAAAAGCUUGGAGACUUAAAUACAAAGUUGGAAAAGGAAAGAAGCAAAGUAAACCAGCUGGAGGAGGAGCUAGCAGCCAAGAAGAAAAGAGGCUUGCAAAUGGAAGCACAAGUUGAAAAACAGUUAUCUGAGUUUGACAUUGAACGAGAGCAGUUGAAAGCCAAACUUAACCGGGAAGAAAACCGUACCAAAGUCCUAAAAGAAGAAAUAGAGGAUCUAGAAAAAAAAUUAAAACAACUAGAAGCUUCUUUGAAAACUGGCAGCAACAAAGCUGAGAGCACAUACCCACAUGUCUCAAUGGUGUCCACAGCAACUAUUACAGAAAUCUCCUUAGGUAGGUCAGUGGCUUCUCAGACUAGUAAUCAUUUGACAAAAAACAUGAACCAGGAGUCUUCAGUCAAAUUGGCACACAUGUUACCACUGGCCACAGCUCUCCAUCCCUAUGCCAAGGCAAAUGGACAUUGUGAUGCUGAUACACUAACAGGUGUUGAGGCAACUCAACCUGCAGUAGAGAAUCUACACAAGGAUAAGUCUGUUGGGCCAGCUGCUGAGAAUACUGCAGAAAGUAGCACCUCCCCAGUAAGAACAGAGUCUCUUUCCGCUUCACUUCCACCACUCCCUUCCAAUGGAAUUUCCUUAUCUCCCAGCAAUACUGCUUCUUCUUCUCUGACAUCUUCACCAUGUUCCUCCCCAGUCAUGACUAAGCGUCUACUUGGAGCAUCAACCAGCAACCCUAGCUACCAAUCUUCCUACCAAGUGGGAAUCAAUCAGCGCUUCCAUGCUGCUCGUCACAAAUUCCAAUCUCAGGCUGAUCAAGAACAUCAAUCAAGUGGUCUCCAAAGUCCUCCAUCCAGAGAUUUGUCACCAACUUUUGCCGAUAAUUCUGCAGCAAAACAGCUUGCCCGCAAUACAGUCACUCAGGUUCUCUCCAGAUUCACCAGUCAGCAGGGGCCUAUCAAACCAGUGUCCCCUAACAGUUCACCUUUUGGCACAGACUACCGAAAUCUCGCCAAUGCUAUGAGCCCCAAAAGUGAAACUAGCCCAGGUAAGGUCUCUAGCCCUUUAAGUCCCCUUUCACCUGGAAUUAAAUCACCCACUAUACCCAGAGCAGAAAGAGGAAAUCCUCCACCAAUUCCUCCAAAGAAACCUGGUCUGGCUCCUUCUCCAGCAACUAUCACGCCACCAGUGAAAACUUCAAAUCAGGCAUCCCUGGGUUCUCCUAUGGACAUGGCAACUAGUUGUUCAAGCAACACUGUUGUAGCCAAUGGGAAAGAUAUUGAGAUUUUAUUGCCAACCAAUAGCUAGUCUUAAAAAGAGUAACAUUCCAAGUAUUUGCAAUUCGUAGAGCAGAAACUCAGUCUUAUUCACUCCAUGUUAUUUAUUUAAGUACUAACAGAAUCUUCUUGUAUAACACAUUUGUUUCUUUGUUUUAUACAGUGUAGAAAAUAAUACAACUUAUACAAUUUUUUGAACAUUCAGAGCCUCAAGGCAUUUCAUGGCAGCAGGGAAAUCAAACAAAAAGAGAAGCAGUUGUUCUGUUCUGAGAGCUGACCUAUGGACUACGACAACAGAAUACUCAUUUUUAAAUUAUGCAGAAAAACACUCCAUGCAAAUUUCUGUUCCUUUUCUAAGAAGUGCCUGAGCUAAAGCCUGCAGAUAUGAAUGUGAUUCUCUAUAAUCCAGUAGGCAUUAUCCAACUGUAGAAAAUAACAGUUUCUGAAUCAUGAAUGUUUGAAAUCAAUAUGGUUCUUAAUCCUUUCCAAUAUAUUUAUUAGUAAUGUGCUAUGAAUAGGAAAUGUCCAAAGGUGAACAUUAGACUGGUUUUCUCUGUUACGAACAAAAAAAUUAACGUAACUGUUAUCAGGUACACUUCGGCCCUGUUGCUAAAUUUUAAGCAACCUAUGUUUUUCCUUUGAUACAAACUUUGAAGAGUUGUUAGCUUUAAGCAACCAAGUUACCAGUCUUUAUAAAAUAUAGUCCAUUCCUUACAAGUUUCUCUCCAUAGAGCAAAAUAAGUAAAAUUUUAAUAAGCAAUUUUAAUAAGCAUUCUACUGUUGUGUGUAGAACUUCUGACAGUAAGGCCUUUGCUGUUUCUUGAGGAAAAAAAUUAAAUACUACUUGAAAUCAGAAAUGACUAAUCAGGAUUUUCAGAUGUUGAUAUAUAUAUAAAAGAUAGGAUCAGUACUACAAGAUCCAAAGCAAUAAGUAUAGAAUUGCUUAAUAUGUAAUAAUGCUGUAACUCAAGCAGGCAUAGGUCUCUCUAGAUAAGUUUUAUUGUCUUAGAGAAGAGAACUGCCCAUUUGGCAGCAAUAUGGAAACCAAAUUCUUAAGUUUUCAAAGAUGCAGUUUAUAUAGAGAGAUGUAUACAUACCUAGACAGAACAUUUUUAAUCUUAACAGUGAUCACAUUGACAUUAUUUAUACCUCAGAUCACUUGUACAAUUACUUUUAAGUCUUUAUGUAUUUGUGAAAAUCCAUUUUCUUAAGAAAAAUAAUAAGCUGGGACCCAUACAAGGCUGAAUAAGCAGUUUUCUUUGUAAUAAUUUUUCCAAUAAUGCAAACUUUAGGGCAAAGGUUUAUGCCUUGAUCAUGUCAGUGGGGCCAAUAUACUUAUAUAGCUGUUCAUGUUUGAAAUUGUUUCUGGAAUAUCUCAUAUUACUGGUAUAAUCAAGAUCAAGGUUAAUGAUAAACUGGGUGUCUUUAAUUUGACCUUAAGGGAAAAUAUGUGAAUGCCUCACCAAACUCAGUGUGCACUAAUAAUAAGAAUCACAACAUGAUUUUUUGAAACUAUUGCUGCUUUGACAUUCAGUGAUCAGGUUUGGGAAACCCUUGAAUUGUGGGUGGCAUUGUUGUGAAAUUUAGGAGCAAAUAUCUGGGUUUAGAUGAUGCCCAUUUUUUUCAGUGCUUUUAAAGUAAAUAAGGGCUGGAAUUGUGCAUACUUCUUUGCCUGUUAUUGUCACAUACAUUUUGCCUUUUAAAAACAAAAAUAAGCCAAAAAAAAUCUUGUCUCAUUUCAGCAAUUAUAAGUGCCACAUAUCCAGUUGCCAUGUCAAAAUUGCCCAUUCCUGCAUUAGACCAAAGUUCUUCAUUACAAUUUAAAAAAAACAAAAAACCCAUUACUUCAGGAUGCCACAAUAUAUGGUCUAGACCAGGGGUAGGCAACCUCGGCUCUUUUAUGACUCAUGGACUUCAACUCCCAGAAUUCCUGAGCCAGCUACCCCUGGUCUAGACAUUGUUCUCCCCUCCCUUUUUUUCUUUUUUCUUUUGGUAUGGAGUUACUAGAUUAUUGUAUUUUAACAAAGUGUCAAAUAUUUCUGAGGUUGCAUUAUAUUUCACAGUAUAUUGAUACAGGAAAUCAUACAAACCUAAUGCUAUUCUUCACAUAUUAUGGUCUAUAUUAAAUUUUUCCUAAGUGUUUGGCUAUAGAUGCAUAGAAACAAUCCUGAUAAGCACAUAAACAAUUUAGUUUUAUAGUGUAACCAUUAUUGGAAAGGCUAUAUAACUGAAUUCAAGUAAACAUUUUGAUGGUAUUGUGUCUUACCUUAAAAGAGGUUAUUGUAGCAGCCCUUAAAAUAUUUCUAUAUGUUUACUAACUUGUAUCCUUUCUUUAUAACAUGACACUAUAGAGUUUUAUACACAGUAAUGAAUUUCAUUAGGAGAUGCACUGAGUACUAUAAUCUACAAAAAUAUUGGGGACAAUGUAGAAGGAAAUGUAUUUUGUUGCUAGUAGUCAAUAUCCUGAGAUUAAGCACAACUAUGAAAAUGAUUCCAGCUAAUCCCCUAAGAUUUUAGGGUUAGUAUUUCAGUUUUCUGUAUGAUUAAAACAUGGAAUUAAAAUGUUUAAUAUUCUUUUGAUUGUGUAUUGAGAAGUGUCAUGGACUAGAUUAUAAUGAAGUUCAAACUGUAUAACCUAGUAUUAAUUGUUCAUUAACAUCUGUAUAUUUGUAAAGUCAAAUGUAUGAAACAGAAGUCUUUUUAUCAUUUUUAUAGAUGGCAGCAUUAAACAUGUUAAAUGUUCGUACUAUCAAUAAAGGGUUUUAUUUUUAUGUGGAGUGUUAUGUGCUAUAUAGUGUAAAAGUCAAGUAGACUAUGUUCAUUGAUAGUAAAUAUUUCACUGCCAGUAGCCUAAAAUGCCUAAAAUUAGUAAUUCAGGAAAAUACAUAAAUGCAUCCAUUACUUGGCAUUAUAAAGUCAAUGAUUUUAAAAGCAAAAUAGAGCUACAGAAUUAGUGGUGCUAAUGAUACUCAGUGAUACAGAGCAUGAUCAUCAUUUAAAAAAAUAUUUUAAAGGCUUUAUCAAUGGUCAGCUAUCCUAGGGCUGAAUAGCCUAGAUGCAUA